AUGGGUUCGUCGGUGGAGCAGAACAUUCUUGUUACUGGCGGAGCUGGAUUCAUCGGGACGCAUACUGUUGUUCAACUUCUGAAAGAGGGGUUUAAGGUUUCUAUCAUCGAUAAUCUUGACAAUUCUGUUAUCGAAGCCGUCGAUAGAGUCAGGGAGCUCGUUGGUCCUGAUCUCUCCAAGAAGCUCGAGUUUAAUCUGGGUGAUCUAAGAAACAAAGGGGAUAUUGAGAAACUCUUCGCCAAGCAGAGAUUUGAUGCUGUGAUCCAUUUUGCGGGACUAAAAGCUGUGGGGGAGAGUGUUGGAAACCCACGACGCUACUUUGACAACAACUUGGUUGGAACCAUCAAUCUAUACGAGACCAUGGCCAAGUACAACUGCAAAAAGAUGGUGUUUUCGUCCUCUGCAACUGUUUAUGGACAACCUGAAAAAAUUCCAUGCAUGGAAGACUUUGAAUUGAAGGCAAUGAAUCCUUAUGGUCGUACUAAGCUCUUUCUUGAAGAAAUCGCUAGAGAUAUCCAAAAGGCAGAACCUGAAUGGAGAAUUGUCCUGCUGAGGUACUUCAAUCCUGUGGGAGCACAUGAGAGUGGAAGAAUCGGUGAGGAUCCAAAGGGAAUCCCAAAUAAUCUCAUGCCUUACAUUCAACAAGUUGCUGUUGGACGACAACCUGAGCUCAACGUCUAUGGACAUGACUAUCCUACCAAGGAUGGUAGUGCGGUGAGAGACUACAUACAUGUGAUGGAUUUGGCAGAUGGACAUAUCGCUGCGCUAAAGAAGCUAUUUGCUGAUCCAGAGAUUGGCUGUAUUGCUUACAAUCUAGGGACUGGAAGAGGAACGUCUGUGUUGGAAAUGGUUGCUGCUUUUGAAAAAGCUUCCGGCAAGAAAAUCCCUAUCAAGCUCUGUGGAAGAAGGUCAGGAGAUGCAACUGCAGUUUAUGCUUCAACAGAGAGAGCUGAGAAAGAACUUGGCUGGAAAGCGAAAUAUGGAGUGGAAGAGAUGUGCAGAGAUCAGUGGAAUUGGGCAAACAACAAUCCAUGGGGUUACCAGAAGAAGCUCUGA